AUGUUGACGCAGCUGGUGUGCGCGACUGUACUCUGCUGCCACUUGGUUGCAGCUGCAGUGCGUUAUCCUUCAGCAAAUGCUCGUCAGGAGCGACAGAGUCUCGUACAGUCCUAUAGCAAAGUGCUUAACAAGGAGGAGGGCGCUAUACGUCUAGUGGGAGGACGCACGGAUUAUGAAGGCAACAUUGAAGUGCUGCACAACAAUAAAUGGGGCGCCGUGUGUGACGAUGAGUGGGACGAGGCAGAGGGUCAUAUUGUGUGCCUACAGCUGGGUUUCUCCGGGUUGAGGCGCGUUACUCACAGCGGCUACUUUGGUCCAGCUCGUCGUCGCUACUGGAUGGACAAUCUGUUCUGCCAGGGCCAUGAGCAGGAGGUGACACAGUGCCACUUCGAGGGCUGGGGCAUCAACGAUUGUGAGCCCAGCGAGGCCGCUGGCGUUAUGUGCUAUCCACCACUGGAUGCACCGCAACUGCCAAUAGCAGCUCUACAGGAUGAGCCAGAGUUGCCCAAAUACCCCAUUCAUUCACGGACCCGACUGUAUGUCCGUCUACGUGGCGGACGCUUCCGUAGUGAAGGCCGCGUUGAGGUCCGAUUGAGUGGGGGCCGCUGGGGCAGCAUAUGCGCCGAUGGCUGGUCACUGCUAGAAGCCAAUGUAGUGUGUGGCCAGCUCGGUCUGGGUUACGCGCGCGAGGCAUUCCAAACGGACUUCUUCGGCGGGGCCAACGUCUCGCAGCCCAUACUGAGUGGUAGCGAGUGCUACGGAAAUGAGACAGAGCUGGCCGAUUGCCUGCAUCACGAUCAUGUCCUGGGUGUCAUUAGUUGCCACGGGCUCCGGCAGCAUGUGGCCGCUGUAGUGUGCGAUUUUAAGUCACCGGAUUUGAUUGUGGACUACGAUGAGAUUGAGCGCACUGCGCAUUUGGAAGACCGGCCCAUGCUCUUCAUGCAGUGCGCUAUGGAGGAGAAUUGUGUUUCUAAUGAGGCCUACGAUAUACAGCGUGACGAUCCACAUUGGCGCUAUCAAACGCGUCGCUUACUGAAGUUCACGGCUGCAGCAUUGAAUGCAGGCAAUGCGGAUUUCCGACCCUUUAAGCAAAAGAGCCAAUGGGAAUGGCACUUGUGUCACAUGCAUUACCACAGCAUGGAAGUCUUUGCCACCUUCGACAUUUUCGACUUGCAGGGCCGCAAGGUGGCACAGGGACACAAGGCGUCCUUCUGUCUAGAGGACAGUCAUUGCUUACCGGGCGUUCCAAAGAAAUACAACUGUGCCAACUUUGGGGAUCAGGGCAUUUCCGUAAAUUGCUCAGACGUUUACCUCUUCAACUUGGACUGCCAAUGGGUGGACAUUACAGAAAUGCGAACUGGCUCCUAUAUUCUGAAAAUUGCUAUUAAUCCAGAGUUCAAGGUAGCUGAGAUGCGAUUCGACAACAAUGCCGCUAUUUGUGACUUGCUCUACGCGGAAACAUAUGCUCGUGUUGACAACUGCCGCCUCACACGACCUUGAAAAAGUUCAGUGGGGCAC